AUGACAAAAUCAAACGAAACAACGGCUACCAGCUUGAAUGCUAAAACUCUAAAGAGUUUUGAAUCCACCCUUCCAAUACCAACUUAUGCCAGGGAAGGUGUUAAACAAGGUAUUGUUCAUCUUGGAGUUGGUGCAUUCCAUCGUUCUCAUUUAGCUGUUUUCAUGCAUCGUUUGAUGCAGGAGCACCAUUUGAAGGAUUGGUCCAUCUGUGGUGUCGGUUUAAUGAAGGCAGAUGCACUAAUGCGCGAUGCUAUGAAGGCUCAAGAUUGUCUCUACACAGUUGUGGAGCGCGGUAUCAAGGACACUAACGCUUACAUUGUCGGUUCCAUUACUGCUUAUAUGUAUGCUCCCGAAGAUCCAAGAGCUGUCAUUGAAAAGAUGGCCAAUCCAGACACACAUAUCGUGUCUCUGACCGUCACAGAAAACGGUUACUACCACAGUGAGGCAACAAACUCAUUGAUGACCGAUGCUCCUGAAAUCGUCAAUGACUUGAACCAUCCAGAGAAGCCGGCCACUCUGUACGGAUACCUAUAUGAGGCCCUGUUGCUACGUUACAAAAAAGGUCUUACUCCAUUUACUAUUAUGUCAUGUGACAACAUGCCCCAGAAUGGUGUCACAGUCAAGAACAUGCUUGUUGCAUUUGCCAAGUUAAAGAAGGAUGAGAAGUUCGCUGCUUGGAUCAAAGAUAAGGUUACUUCCCCUAAUAGCAUGGUUGAUCGUGUGACCCCACGUUGUACUGAUAAAGAGCGCAAGUACGUCACUGACACCUGGGGAAUUAAGGACCAGUGUCCCGUUGUCGCAGAGCCUUUCAUCCAAUGGGUUCUUGAAGACAAUUUCUCUGAUGGCCGUCCUCCAUGGGAACUUGUUGGCGUUCAAGUCGUCAAGGAUGUCGAUUCCUACGAAUUGAUGAAAUUACGUCUGCUUAACGGUGGUCACUCUGCCAUGGGGUACUUGGGAUACUUGGCAGGCUACACGUAUAUACAUGAGGUUGUCAACGACCCAACUAUCAACAAGUACAUCCGUGUGUUGAUGCGUGAGGAAGUCAUUCCAUUAUUGCCUAAAGUGCCGGGCGUUGAUUUCGAAGAAUACACCGCCUCAGUGUUGGAAAGAUUCUCUAAUCCUGCAAUUCAGGACACCGUCGCACGUAUUUGUUUGAUGGGCUCUGGUAAGAUGCCUAAGUAUGUUUUGCCAUCUAUCUAUGAACAGUUGCGCAAACCAGAUGGUAAGUACAAGUUAUUGGCAGUGUGUGUCGCUGGCUGGUUCCGUUACUUGACUGGUGUAGACAUGAAUGGUAAACCAUUCGAAAUUGAGGAUCCUAUGGCAUCAACCUUGAAAGCAGCCGCAGUUAAGGGUGGUAAAGAUCCUCACGAAUUGCUUAACAUCGAGGUCCUUUUCAGUCCUGAGAUCCGUGAUAACAAGGAUUUUGUUGCGCAGUUGACCCACUCCCUAGAAACCGUUUAUGAUAAAGGCCCAAUUGCCGCUGUUAACGAAAUUCUAGACCAAGUGUGA